AACACUAUUGGUUGAUGGGUAAUGAGUCCAGAAAAGCCCUCGCGAAAGGACACGAUAGUGAACCGGGUCAUCAUGUUUUCUUACAAGAACAUUGCUUGCUUUUACUUCUUAAUGAACAUUACUUUAAAUACUGGUACCUGUAGUUAAAAACGCUUAAUGAUAUUUUUGCCAUGGAGCGAGUAUGUGCUGUAGAGACUUGGGCAGAGUUCGGUUGUCGGUUUCCGGCCACGGCUCAAGUGAUCUGGAGCAGUACAGAGGUGCUAAUAUGUACAGGGAACAAUGAGAUCUACGUCUUCAACAAAGAUGAGUUGAAACUGACGGCUGUGCUCCAGUUCCCUGCUCAUGUCUGUCACCUGGUCCUGAGUGACGAUAAGCAGCUCCUCUACACAGUCUGUGAUAAGCAGGGGGUCUACUGUGUCCACCUAGCUUCCCUCCUACCCAGGAGUCUCGCCCCCUCCUCAGUCAACCAAGCAACGGACCUGGUCCUGCUAAACGUGACGUCUGAUAGGCUUGCUGUCAGAGACGAGGAAGUGUGUUCUGUCAUCCUGGUGGGCAGGACUCUUCUGACUGUGUCACUGUGUGAGACUGCCUGGUUGUUCAGCAUCUACAGAACGCAGCCGUCAUCAUCAUCAGCCCCUGACCAUCAGAGGAUCUCUCAGUUUAGCCUGCCAGCGGUUUUAGCUUUUCUCCACGACGACUCAAAAGAAAAUGCUGGAAGGGAGUGUGGGAUGCAGCCGGUAUUGGCAUGUGUGUACUCUAGUGAUACAGCAGUACCAUUAUCUUCAUCAUCAUCACCUGGUGACAGACAUUUUCUCAUAGAGACACUUCUCUUCAAGCUCCUCUUCGGUGUUGACGCUGCCCUCUUAAAGUCACCCAUAAUCCUUUGCGGUCUUCCUGAUGGGCGGCUUUGCUUUCUGCCACUGCUGUUCCUGGGGCAGCCAGAGCCACGUGUCAGAGUUCUACACAGCCUUGAUCAGCCCAUCACAUUCAUAGGAACCUCUGUUGCCCCGGAGAUGGGGGUGGGGUCCCGGUGUGUGGUUGUAGUGGGUCUUCAAGGCAAAGUGGUGCUGGUCCAUGCACAGGAGGCGGGGCCUGAGGAGGGGGUCAAAGUGGCAAGCUUCAGCGAGGGGUGUGUGCCGGGACCCGUGGUGUGUGUGUGUCCAGGUCAGAACUGUCUGUACUAUAGCACAGAAUCUGAUCUCUGGGUGCUGGACCUCCUAGGGGGAGGAGGAGAGGAGGCCAGGCCAGGAGAGGGUGAGGUGCUUUUGCAGGCGGCGAGACCAGGCAAGGAUCAGUGUGUGGAAACCAUCCGAUGCCCCAAAAGUCUGGGCAUCAGCGGGGUGAUCGCCCUGACUGGACCCUCAUACACACAUACCUCAGGAGCGGUGCAGCUGGUAGCAUUGUCUUCCAGAGGAAGGCUCCAGAGGCUGCUUCUGCCCCAGGGGAGCAAGGAUGGAGGACUACCCCAGCUCCCCCCAUCCCAGGUGGGCCAGAAAAUCAGGGAUCUCUUGGCAGCCAUCGGAGACGUGUGGGAGAGAGCCUCUCUAUUGAAAAGCACCAACCAGUCCCGAAACCAGACCCUCAAGCGCUUAAAUCAGGUGCUCAACAUCAGUUGCCUGCUGUUAGCCUAUCGCAGCCACGGAGAGAGGCCUCAUACCCAGCAGAAGGCAAUCAGAUGUGGUGUUGUUCCCAGUUGGAGCAGGUUGUUACAGAGAGACUCGCUAACCCUGACCUGUGUUUUAGAGAACUCGAGUCCCUAUGUUCUAGAAGAUGGCUGGACGUUGUGUGUACAGGUGAUGCCUCUCUCCCGCUCUUUUGCUGAGGGGAGUGGGAACACUUUUAGAACUUUCUCUUUCCGUCUUUCAAGACUGGAAGCGGGUGAAAAGACAGAUGUUUCUUUACCUCUUACAACCGCAGUUGACACCUCCUUCCCGAUAACAGUUUCCUGCUCACUGGUCUUCUCCCUGCAAAGCCUGCUGGGACGAGAGGAGAUGGCUGGCCUACUGGCCAACGGGAAGACUGAUUUCUCUGCUCUGGGAUUGGACAACACUGGUUAUGUCAGUUUGGCUCUGGACAUGCUAACCGUUGAUUGGCUGGAUGCACUCAAGGUCAAAGGAGAUACACCACCCCCUGGCAUCACCUUCGGACACAGCGUCUCCACGGAUACCGUGGCCAUGGAUACCAUCCAAGCCUACCUGAGUUCUUGCGGGUUCAUGAGGGCAGGCAGGGGGCGGGGAGCUGGGGGGGCAGAGACCGAGGGCCGUCUGUUCUCAACCAGAGUUGUGGUGUCGUCAGAGAUACUUAGGUCUGCUCUAAAACCAGGAACCCCAGACUCAGCUUCUCUGGGGGUGACGGUCUCCCCUGGCUUGGGGAGCUUGGUCCUGGGCUGGUUGCUGUCCCAGGGGCCUGGGAGCCAGGAGAGGAGGGAGGGAGGGGACCAAAGGGGGCUGGGCAGCCCUCAAGUCUACGCCAUGGCCCCAGGAGGACACUCCGUCAAACUGACCGCAACAGAGGUAGCUGUGGGGGAAGUCAGAUUGGAGGAGGGGAUCUUGGCUGCAGUGGAGGUUAAGGUAGAGAGCUCCUCCAUUGCUGCGGUGUGUGGACUUCACCAUGCAGUACUACGUCGUGUACAGGUUUUGCUCCAGAGUGUUGCCGGGACGUGUUUAUCCUCCAUGAGCGUGCAGGGCCUCGGUCUGAGACAGGCUCUUCAGCGAGCCGAGGCCUUGUUGGAGAAGAUCCAGGAGUGUCGUAUCCCAGAAGCCUUUGGGCAGGAGACGAUAUCAGGGCAGGUGACCACAACACUGCUCAGUGCGUACCAACAGAUCAGAGAGAACCCUCUCAUCAUAACUUGACAGACAUUUACGGCAUUGAAUAUGCGUCCCAGGGAGACCAGAACCAUAUAUCAUAACAUUUAGCUUAUUUCUGUAUAUAUAUAUAUGCACAAAUAUAAUAGUUUCCAAUGCCUUUAUGUUUAAAUCAGUACUGUUUAAGUUGAGCAUUUAGUCUAGGCCAUGGAAUGCAUACAGUAUGGUUGGUAACAUCUCUUAAAAUCUAAAUAAUAAACCAUGGUUUGUGUACCAUCGGUUUAACCUAUGGAGGACAAGGUUUAUAUGCUACUGGCAAGAGUUGCACUAAAUCUGUUAUCAGUCCUCUUUCAGGGCAUGACCUGAUCAUUGCAGAUGAAAAGCUUCAUAGAGUCUGUGACCUUGGUGUCCACUUGCUUGGCCUUUCAGCCUGCUACCCCCUACAGACACACAGGACUCCCAGUGAAGAAGUUAAGAAAGACAUGCCCGUCAUGAGCCAGCUGACCUCUGAUCUCGUGUGUCAUGUGUAUCAUACUGCCUCUGACUGAUCUCAUCUUGGCAAAAUACAAACCCAAAACAGAAACAUAUGCCAAAUCCCAGUGUUAAAGUUGAAUUUUAUUCAUCAUUUUCCAAAAUGU